UUCAAGUGAAACAGUUUUUUCUUAAGUGAAAUAAGUCUAAUGUAUAUUUUGACUAAAUGCACAUUGAUUAUCAGAUGUAGCAAAUGGGAUCUAAUAUUUGUUAAAAGAAAUAUUGAAUUUCAAAAAUGUUAAUUGUAUCCAUAUACGUAUAGAAGGGUGAAAAUUGAAGAAAUCUCUUAAAAUAUUUAGUUAAGAAUUACAUGUAGCUUGGUACUAGUACCGUCCCUAACACGACUUAAUUAGAAGGCUUAGGCUAAAUUCCCUACAUUAACAAUGUAUGGCGAUGCAGUAGCAGCACUUUAUUGUCUGGUACAAGAUUGUUCCGAUUGCACAAGCGGUGGCUCCACAGUUUGGAGUGUAUAGUCGCUCUGUCAUUAUAUCGCCCUGGACCCGAUUUUGCCUCUCAUUAUAACACCCGGAACUUUUAGUAUCACCAUUAUUUGGAUAUGAAGAUGUCAGACUAAAUCUACUUCACAUUCCCCCUGGUGUCCCUAUUUAGACCAUCCGGAGUUUAUUGGAUUCCGGUAUUUUAUUUUUCUUUUUUCCCUGAUGAUAAAAUUCGUAGUCUAGUUUGACUUUAUGUCCGUCUCUGCAGGUCUCUAUUGAAGUCUCGUCGAAGGCCAAUAAAUUUCAUACCUAUUAUCUGACCUCUCUUUGUGUAACCGUAAUUGUGAAGAAAAUAGCAAUCUCCCCAGGGUGGGUUCUCCGCUAAUGUUUGUAGAAACAACUCUUGUAAGUCAAUGGACCAAGAGAGGAUAAAGAGAUCAAAUAUACAUUGAGUCACUGUAUUUAUCUCACACAAAUACACUCAGUGCAGGAUCGCUACACUACAGGUGAAUUCACACAACGCCACAACGGUAAGAUAUCUUAUUCCAAAAAGUAUGUAAAAUUACAAUCCGAAACUUAAAAAUGUAUUUACUUUGGAUAUAGAGACUAUAAAAAUUUUUUUUUAAAGAAACUUCUAACAUAGUUAAAUUAUUUGUAUAGUCGAUUUUCAAGCAUAACAUACGAAAAAGAACUUUAAUCAUAUCCUAUUCUGAUCUGCAAAUUUUUAAGUUAUGUGCUUUAUCAAUCUGAUUGAGAGUCAUCAAUAAUAUUUAACAGAUAAUUCACGACUUUAUGUAAAUCACGUCUCUGUGUCUGUAACGUUUAAACUCUCUCUGUGUGCCUCUACGCCUGUGGUUUUAGGUGGAUGUUCUUUCAUCUCUGCCUUUGAAUAAAACUCAUAAAAUAUCCUCAAUAUGACAGGUCUUAUGCCAGUGUGUAUAAUAUCUUUAUUCAAAUGAUUUAUUUUAUAAAAGUUUAACGGUAUUCUCUGUGGAGUUUUAUAAAUAGCCAUCAAAUGAAGUGACGGUAUUGAGCUCGUCUUUACGCCUCGCCUCUCGGGGCUUGAAUAUUGAUGGUGUGAUGCGUCACUUUAAUAAUUUUAAUACUUUUUUUUUUAUCAUUGAAAACUAUUGGACAUCUGUGGACGUUAUAUUGAUUUGAGAGAUUCAAGAAAAAAAGGGUCCAUUCCUGAUCAUUUGACCAGAGCUGGUCAGACUGUUUCCAUCAAUUAUAGAUUGAGUAAACCCUGUUAUGUGAGACUUUGACCAGGAAGAUCAUGGCUUUGAUUUUGGCUGCUGUUCUUCUUUUCUUGCCAUGUUGCUAUGGAUCAAUCCUCUUCACUCUUCAGGAGGAGGAAGCAACAGGAACACUGAUAGGAAACAUUGCAACAGAGAGUGGACUAGCCAGCAACAUGACAGAUGAUGAGUUCCAAAGCCUCAAGUACGAUUUCUUGGACCAGACCAAAAUGACAUCAUUGUUCACUAUCAAUAAUGACAAUGGGAACAUUUACACUGCAGUGGUGAUUGACAGAGAGACAGAGUGUAGCUUUAAAGAGGUGUGUUCUCUGGAUUUUGAUGUUAUGGUGAGAUCAACUAUUAGCACAAAGUACGAGAUCAUCUCUGUGAAUAUCAUCAUUCUGGAUAUAAACGACAAAAGUCCAACAUUCCAACCUAAUGUUAUCACUGUGCAGAUUUCUGAAUCAGAAGCAAUUGGAACAACCAUUGGCAUUGAGGGUGCCGCAGAUUCAGACUCUAGUGCAAAAAAUAGAAUUCAGAAUUAUAGAAUUUCUCCUGAUGAAGGACCUUUCGGAUUAAAUGUGACAAAGAAAGAUGGUGGGUAUAUCUUGAAACUGGUCCUAAGAAAAAUUCUGGAUAGAGAAAAAAUAAAUUCCUAUCAAGUUAGUAUAAUUGCCUAUGAUGGGGGACUCCACCCUAACUCUGGAACCCUGUCAGUAACAGUAGAGGUGACAGAUGACAAUGAUAAUUCCCCAGUCUUCACUCAAAGUGUUUAUGAGGCAAAUGUCAAGGAGGGAGUGAAAAUUGGUACCUCUGUCCUGAAAGUAUCGGCAAGUGAUUCAGACGAAGGACAGAAUGCAGAAAUCCGGUACCGUUUUAGCUCUACCCAGUCUGAUCUUGGUGAAAUAAAGAGGAUUUUUGCAAUCAAUGAUACCACUGGAGAUAUAUCAGUGAUUGGAGAUUUAGUGUACGAGGCAGGUAAAGUUUAUGAGAUCAGCGUUGAGGCCUCAGAUUUGGGUCAGCAGCCAACAGACUCCCAGUGCACUGUCAGGAUAACCGUGGAGGAUUUUGGAAAUAAUCCCCCCUCUGUCCGUGUGAAUUUCCUGUCUUCAAGCAGCAUAGGUGUGGUAAAUGUUUCUGAAUCUUCCAAGCCGGGGUUAGUGAUAGCUCAUGUAAAUGUGGAGGAUACAGAUUCUGGUUCGAAUGGAGUAGUGUCGUGUAAUAUCUCUGACAAUUAUUUUGCCUUGGAGGCUGUGCAGGGAAAGGGAUAUGUGGUCCUCAUUAAGUCACUUUUAGAUAGGGAAAGAAAAGCUAUCCAUAAUGUGACUGUUACAUGUAGAGAUCAUGGAACUCCAAUGUUAAUGACUUCCUCACAUUUUCUUGUACAUGUUCAGGAUGAAAAUGACCACAGUCCAAAAUUCAAACAGGCCAUUUACUUUUCAGCCAUCAAUGAGAACAAUGCUGUUGGAGAUUUCAUCACUCAGGUUCUGGCUUUAGAUGAUGACAUUGGCUUGAAUGCAGUGGUUAGAUACCAACUCCACCCUGACUCACAAAACAAAUUCGCCAUUAACUCUGAAACGGGAGUGAUCACUGCCAACCAGAGAUUUGACAGAGAAACAGAUUUAUUUUACAAGUUUACUGUGAUUGCAGUUGAUAGGGGAAACCCUCCUAGAUCCAGCACAGCCUCAGUUGUACUCAACAUCAGUGACAUUAAUGAUAAUCCCCCAAUCUUUGAUGUGCCAGACUUUCGGUUUUUUGUGUUGGAGAACUCUGACUCUGAUACUAACAUUGGUUAUGUAAGUGCCAGAGACAUUGAUGAAGGAAAAAAUGGUAAUGUGAUAUUUGCAAUGUCUCCCAACUCUCAUGUUCCUUUCACAGUCCAGACUGAUGGUAGUAUACUAACUAACAUGACCCUGGAUAGAGAAGUCAGGGAUGAAUACAGUUUCCAGGUCUGGGCUCGUGACCUCGGUUCACCAUCUUUAAGCAGUGAAAUUACAGUCAAUGUUAUUGUUGGUGACCAAAAUGACAAUGCUCCAAUUAUUGCGUAUCCCUCUAAAGAAAACAAUACCAUGUUGAUUCCCUACAUGGCUCCAGUUGGGUCCCUGAUAUCUAGCAUCAAGGCUUAUGAUAUAGAUGAAGAAGGUCCAAACAGCCAACUGGAAUAUGCCUUUAAUAAUGGUAAUGAGCUGGAUAUUUUCUACAUUGGAAAGAACACAGGGAAAAUCUCCCUCAGAAAGACUUACCAUGUUGAUAUGGAUGUGACUUUUGCUGUGUCGGUCCUGGUCAAAGACAAAGGAGAUACUCCAAGACAUAAUGUAACAAACUUUUACAUCGUGUUGAAGUUUUCUAAUGGGACAACCGUGAAAGCCCUUGAAGACAACGGAAAUAAAAAUAUUGUAAUCUCCGUCAUCAUCGUUUGUUUCACCAUCUUAAUCUCAGCAGUCAUCUUCACUGUCAUCUGCAUUUUGUGUCGUCAGGAUAAGAAGCUGAAAAAAUCCCGUCAGCAAAAUGCAGGGAAGGCCCUUUAUGAUGAGAAGGUACCAGAGGUUAUAAUGGCAGUGACCCCAGAUAUCAAUGGGGUUCUCUGUAACCCCGGUGACACUCCCUCCAAGAAAAAGAAAAAGGAGGUCAGUUUUACCUUAGAUGAUGAGAACCCCAAUAUGUUCCCUGCCUUCAACAACCCAGGCUUCAUCGGAUCACACUCUCAGAGUCCCCCAAUUAUCCAACCAGACUAUGAUGGAGCACCUGCAGAUUUCCAAAAUUUUCCGCCCAAAUCUCAGUACUUAUUACACAACAGACCACCCAAUCACAAGCAGAGACAUCAGCUGCCAUCUACAGACAAUUUCAGCGAUUCAUCAGGGGACACCACCACUGCAGACAGUGGGAGAGGGGGCAGUGAUCUUGACCUAAGUCAAGCACAUCGACAAGAUGAUACUGGAUCAGAGUAUGCCAAACUGCAGCCCCCAGGAUCACUGAACAAAGUGCAUCUUCCACAUUUUGACAAUUUCAUACAACACACACAUGGACACUUAAAAUCCCAACCCUAUAGUGCUAUGUGUAAAACAAACUCUAGUAGUCCUACAGGGGAGUGGAAGCCUUCGUAUGUGUGACGUAGUUCUAGAUACCCAGCCACCAUUACAUUUCUAAAUCUCCUGUACACAUUGAGAGAAAUCAUUAUUUGAAAACUACGACACCAUUUGUAUGUAGCAAAGAUGCAUGUUUCACGCUGAUCUCAUUUUUAUUGGUGCUUAUUUCAUGAAACUGUUCAUAUACUGUGUGGAGGUAUCCGUGCUUAGCUGACCUAGUAAGGAACCAUUUGCACAAAUGUUAUAAAAAAAAAAAAGAAAAAAAGAUGGAGCUUUCAUCUAAGAGGAGUGCAGUGCCAAAGUUAUGUCUCCAGCCAUAUCAACUCAACAGUUGAUGAAUUUUAACAACUCGUAUGACAUACUGAGGGAAAUUAUAGUGCUAUAACAGCAAUGGAAGGAAAUGACAUGUGUAUGAACAUCAUGACAUUAUGUAUGUUAGAGAACAGUUGUAAAUUUUACAUUUGUUGAUUGUUUUUAACUUGGUAAUAUUAAUAAAUGAUCAGAAUUAA